UAGAAACAACUCACCUGAGUGCUGGAGCAGGUAGAAAUUGGAUGGAAGUGUUCUCACGACAUCUUUUGAUAGAGAACCUGUACAUUUGACAGAACAAUGAUAAGGGAUUGACUCAAAACGUAUCAGUUAGUUCGGUUGACACCACAGUUCAAGGGAAUCGGCUUAUAUUGGAGGACUGUGCGCAAGUAUAUCUCACGUCAGGAUUAUUUUAUUUUUCAUAUCAAUCAAAAAUGAGUUCGUGGGUUCGUUUACUUUCGGCGUUGUUGAUUUUUAUUUGCGGUGUUUAUAGGGGAGAAACACAGAGCAGUGAACAAAACCAACAGUGCGUAAAAACUUUCCACCCCGGUCGCGAAAACUUUGUUCUCCACACGGAAGAGUCGAUCGAGGCUGGGGCUGUGUUCCUGGCGAACCCGAGCGUCGCUCAUGGGGAAGCGUGCAUGGCUGCGUGCUGCAAAGACCCCAGAUGCAAUUUGGCUCUCGUUGAAAACCAGGCAUCGGACAACAACUGCUUUCUUUUCAACUGCUUGUAUAAGCACAAAUUUGCCUGUAAAUUUAUUCCAAAGCAAGGAUUCACAAACUACAUACUGAAUUCAGUCUAUGAAAAGUACCUUAGCGGCCGCAAAAGUGAGGGGAAGGACAGCCCUCCCAUUGCCAAUGCUGGCCGAGAUGUGGUGGUACAGCCAAAGGAAGAUGUACUGCUGAAUGGCAAUGAGAGUUCGGAUGACAAGGAGAUCAUAAACUACGAGUGGAGCCUCAUCCGUGGAAAUAAAUCCGUCCAUAUGGAGAAAACCAACUUUCCGGAUCAGAUAAGGGUGUCCAACCUGGUUCCUGGGGUGUACGAGUUCAAACUAACUGUGACUGAUUCAGCACAUCAUUCUGAUUCAGCUCAAGUCAUUGUCUUGGUUCUCACUUCUGAGCAAUCUGAGCGUCACUGUUUAACCCCUAAAAAGACAGGACCAUGCCGAGCUUCUUUCAUUCGUUGGAAUUACAACGCUGCAUCCAGACAGUGUGAGCAGUUCAUCUUUGGAGGAUGUAUGGAGAAUAGCAACAACUACCUCUCUGAAACGGAAUGUCAGAAUGCCUGUGAAAACGCAACAGCAAGAGCUGGUGGAGUAACGAGAAAGGUGCCUGUGGAAGAUUGUUCGUCAUCGUGUGGGGAAGACUCAUUCAAAUGCUCAAACGGAUGCUGUGUGAAGAAAGAGUUUGAGUGUGAUGGACAUCAGGAAUGCAGCGAUGGUUCUGAUGAAAAGAACUGUCAGCAAUUGAAUGAAAGCCUGACUCGACUUCUUAAGAUUGAGGUGAAUAGAAAAGCCCAUUGCACUGACCCACCUGCUACAGGCCCAUGUCGAGCUCAUUUUCAUCACUGGUACUAUGACCCUCUAAGCAAAAAGUGUCACCCCUUCACCUAUGGGGGCUGUGAUGGAAAUAGGAACAACUUUGAGACAACAGACAAAUGCAUGAAGAACUGCUCGGGUGUCACAGACAAGGAUGUGUUUGCUAGAGGACUGCUCGUGGGGGGUGAAGAACUAGGAGAAAGCCAGUCAGCGUCUGUUGCCCUGGGUGUGGUUUUAGCUGUGGCCAUCUUGGCGGUUCUGGCUGUUUUGGGCUACUUUUUCCUCAAAAACAGGAGAAAAAAUCAGCAUCAGCGUGUGGCCACCAGCAAUCCUCCAGUGGUAAGCAGUGAAGAUGACCAACAGAUGGUCUACAGCAGCACCACUGCCAAAGCAUGACUCUAUAAUCUUUGAAACAUGUUGUGCCAUAUGGUGUUUGACCAGUGUCGAACGGGUCAUAUUAAUAAUUUCCAUACAAGUUGAUAACCUUAACGUUAAACUAUAUAACAUAUUUGGCCACUGAACCACAUAGUUUAUCUCAGGUCAAAGUGUUUUAUUUGGAUAUUUAUGAUUAGUGUUGUUGUUCUAACAUUGAUCAUGAUCGAAUGACAUGAGAAAUUUAAUAGUUGAUAAGUCUUUAGAGAUAUUCUUCUGACACAUGAGCAUUUUACCUACUGGAAUUUGCUAAACAAAAAAACAUUUAAUACUUUUUGUUUAUUUGUUUCUAGAAAGUCUUCAAGUAACAAGUUCUUUAAAAAUUCUGGGGAAUUUCUUAUAAAAUAAUAGUUUUAAAUGACAAAUAUUUUAUGGAGUUACGAUUUAUUGUUUAUAUGUGGAAUAAGUGUUUUUGUUCUGUAAAGCCAUGAGUUCUUGUUUACGUUUACAAUGUGUACUCCGCCAAAACAAUUGUGUCAUAUUUAUUGUGGGUGGAUGUUUUGUUUUUUUAAGAAUUUUUAAAGUGUUUCACAUUACUUUUUUAAACCUUCAUUUAUGAUUUUAAACCAUGUAAGUGCCUUUUGGUUUAUGGGGACGGUUGUUUAUCCGGAGCUGUUUUUUCUGAGCUAUUAUUUUUUCCAAAUAAAAGAAGUUUAAAUGUU